AUGCUUAACAUUGCUGCUGAUAAUAACAAACCCUGGUGCUCUGUAGGUGAUUACUAUGUUAUUACUAAUAUUGAGGAAAAGCUGGGAGGAGUACCUUAUAAUAUGAGAAAAAUCCUGGAAUUCAUAACUAUGAUUGAAGCUUGUGGACUCCUGGAUCUAGGCUUCAGUGGUCAGAAAUACACUUUGUCCAACAACAAAAGUAUCAACCACAGAGUAUGGAAAAGACUGGACAUGGCUCUAGUUAAUGAUAAUUGGCUGGAAAAAAUGCCUCAAACUACCAUCACUCACCUACCUUCUGUAGGGUCUGAUCACUGCCCUCUGCUUUUUGAAAUGGUUGCUAGGGAGGAAGAGCAUAUUAAAUACUUCAAAUUUCUUAGCUGCUGGGCUAACCAUCCUAACUUUCUUGACAUGGUUAAGUCUUGCUGGGAAAGGGAUGUAGAGGGCAGUAACAUGUGGAGAUUCCACCAGAAAUUGAAGAGAUUAUCCAACACCCUCAGCACCUGGUCCAGAGGGGAAUUUGAUGAUAUCUUCAUGAAAGUCAGGGAAUAUGCAGAGAGGGUCAGAAAUGCUGAAGAGAGACUUAUCCAAGAGCACACUGACAGCAACAGGGCUAAUCUUCAUGAACUAAAUGCAGAAUAUAUUAAGUUCUUGAAACUAGAAGACUCUAUUUUAAAGCAAAAAACUCAGUUACAAUGGUUCAGAGAAGGAGACUACAAUACUAAAUACUUCCACUCUCUGAUAAAGGGAAGAAGAAGAAGGUUAUUUAUCCACAAGCUACUCAGGGAAGAUGGGGAAUGGAUACAGGGAGAAGAAGAUAUUGCUAAGGCUGCCUGUGACCAUUUUCAGAGCAUUUUUACAGGGGAAAACAAGCGCAUCAAUGAGGGUACUAUGGAUUGCAUCCCCAGGAUGAUUAACCAGGAACAAAAUAAUAACCGUACUGCUAUGCCUACUAUAGAAGAGUUGAAAGAGACAAUACCUAAGUCUUUUUCUCACUCUUGCAUUGUUCUGCUUCGUAAAGUGUGUAAUCCCAACAAGUUCACUGAGUUCAGGCCCAUCAGUUUAAGCAAUUUUACUAGCAAGAUCAUUUCUAAACUGGUGAGCUCCAGACUUGGUCCUAUUCUACCUGAGUUAGUUUCCCUCAAUCAAUCUGGUUUUGUCAAAGGAAGGAGUAUAUCUGAGAACAUUAUGCUGGCACAAGAGAUUAUUCAUCAGAUUAAGAAACCUAAUAUUGGGAGCAAUGUGGUUAUCAAACUGGACAUGGCUAAGGCAUAUGAUACGGUCUCUUGGUCCUACAUAUGCUUGGUGUUGAGAAGAAUGGGGUUUGAUGAGGUCUUUAUUGAUAUGAUCUGGAGGAUCAUGGAUAACAAUGCUGCAGAGGUCCUUUCUAGAUCCUUGAACAGACUUCACAAUAACCCAGAGUACCAUGGUUUCUUCAUGGAAUCCAGGGGUCCUCAAGUGAAUCACUUAAGUUUUGCUGAUGAUGUUAUUCUUUUCACUUCUGGAAGACAAAAAACCCUGAAAAAACUUCAGGCUAGCUUGUUAACACUGAUAAAAGUCACUUCAUGGUCCAUUAUAAUGCUUUCAACAGCACCAAGGAAAGGAUCAAAAGAAUCACUGGCUUCAGGCAGAAGGAGGGUCCUCUCACCUAUCUUGGCUGCCCUUUAUUUGUUGGUAGACCUAGAAUCAUAUAUUUUUCUGACCUUAUUAACAAAGUGUUGUGCAGAAUCACAGGUCCAAAGCAUCAUGGAAAACUUUUUCUGGGGAUGGAGGAAUGAGAAGAAAAAGUACCACUGGGCCUCCUGGAAGAAGCUUAGCUUUCCUUAUGAUGAGGGAGGAGUUGGCAUAAGGAAUCUCAAGGAUGUGUGCAUGGCCUUCCAAUAUAAACAAUGGUGGAUAUUUAGAUCCAAACAAACUCUUUGGGGGGAUUUUUUAAAAGCAAAAUACUGUCAAAGAUCAAACCCUAUCAGCAAGAAAUGGGACACAGGAGAAUCACUGACCUGGAAACACUUGAUGCACAACAAACAGAAAGUCAAGGAACAUAUUAAAUGGAAACUCAAUUUAGGCAAUUGCUCAUUUUGGUGGGACAAUUGGUUAGGUGUUGGACAUCUUGCUCAAUUCUCCUCGGACAGUAAUAGAUUCAACAAUACAACUGUGGCAGAAUUUUGGGUAGGGGACCAAUGGAACUUGAACAUGCUUAUUCAGCAAGCUCCAUAUAGCCAGCUAGCCAUCAUCAUAGCCACAGAGCUCUACAUCCAGAUGGACCUCCCAGACCAAGUUAUUUGGAAGCUGAGCAAUAAUGGAAAGUUCAUCUGUUCAUCAUCAUGGAAUGAGAUAAGGGAGAAGAAGACCAAGACUCAUUUUAACAAUUUCACUUGGCACAAGAGUAUCCCUUUUAAAGCUUCCUUUUUGUUAUGGAGAACCAUACGUGGUAAACUCCCUCCUAAUGAAAAACUAACCAGUUUUGGCAAUGAGCCAGCAAAUUAUUUUUGUUGUUGUAACAGGUCAGGCCAGGACACCAUAGAACACACCUUCAACAAUGGACCUUUUGCUUCAGACGUGUGGAGAAGCUUUGUUGCAGCUGCUGGAAUCAACACUGAUCACAGAUCCCAGCCACAACUAAUCAUGCAAUGGUGGUCGACCAAAUACAACAAUGAAGCACAUAGGCUGCUACUACAAGCUACUCCAAUACUCAUUUGCUGGAAUCUAUGGAAGAAUAGAUGUGCUAGCAAAUAG